CUUCCGUCGAAUCUUGUGAUGUGUCGAAAAAAUGUUGUUAUUCAUGUUGGAGUGAUAUUUACGCCUUGACUCACGUGUCAAAUCAUGAAAUUACAGUGUUCAGUCAACAUGACAUCAAAAAUUAUUUACAUUUCCCUCAUUAUUGUAAUUUUGACAGUUAUUCCUUGUGACAGUGCGGAUAAAGCCACGGAUGAAAGCACUGCAUCUCCAAAAAGCAGUACAUCGACAUUAAGCACGACUACACCGAAACCAGGUGCCAAUGAAACAGGAAAGAAUGGAACAGAAAAUGUGGGAGAUGGUACCUUUUUUAACUUUAAAGAAAAUAAAGGGAUGUUGAUGAGGGCAUUUUAUGUGUUGAUAGGCCUCACUGCCAUUGUGGUGGUAUACUUCGGAGUUAGAGCCUGGAGAGUGAGAAGAAAGAGGAACAAGUCAAAGAAGUAUGGAUUGAUCACGGGACGUGGGGCAGACUACGAGAUGGCGCCACUCGACGCAGAUGACGACGACGAUGAUGAAGAUACUACUGUGUUUGAAAUGAACAGACGGAAAAAAUGAAUCUCUUUUAUCUGAGGUGAAAUAGAACAAAAUACAAACAUAAAGUUAUGUCCUUCACACUUUAAUAUUUCUAUAUGCAUUCUCAGCAAAAGAAUUGAAAGAACUGGGAGUUAUAUUAAAAAUUGUGUUUGCAAGUGUACGUCAGAUGAAGCAUAGGUACUUUUGAUUGUGCAAAUAAACAGAUUAAAUAGUUGCUUGUUAUAUAUACUUUAGCUGCAAAAAGUGUUUAAUCAUAUUUUAUGUUCUCAAUUCAGAUACUGGGAUAUCUUAGAAUUGAUAAGAUCUUACGAGCAAAUGGUUUAAUAAUACUUGAGCUACUCAAGCAAAGCAGAGAAGUAGAUUUUUUAGAGAAGCUUUAAAUAUUUUGAUAAAAGUACAUGCAGUACACAUUAUGGAUAUAAAUCAGUUGACUUUCACUUAAUGAGGAAGUUUAUAUGUAUGUAAAUGUACACAUGGAAGAUAUGCUUGAAAUUCUAGAAUGAUAAAUCACUUUUGUUAUUAAGAGUAUGAUGGAAAAGUCAAUCAUACUUUUAAUUCUAAUGAUUGAUUUUGGGAACUAAUUGUUUUUUCUAUACAAGGUACCG